UUAAAGAGGUGCACAAAAUGUCUGUAAGGAUGAUCAAAAAAGAGUUAAAAGGGCAUUUUUCAUUUCAUCUUGACUAUAAACAAAUGGGCCUCUCACAGCAAACAGUUUGUCAAGUCACAGCAAUAAAAGCAUAGAAAUAAUAAAUCAAGGGUGGCUGAGUUUUAUUCGGCUACUUCAGUUUGAGGGUCGUAUUUUGCAUGCUGGUCUUCUGUCAUACUUGUGGCUUAUGGAGAAAAUUAAAGCAGUAAAUCUGCACCUUUCCAAUCUGAAUUUCUAUUUAUUAGCCAUUUAAAGGCCUUGGUGCACACACAGGUGAUUUCACUUGUGCCUAACUGAACCUUUUUCAGGUGUGUGCAGCCUUUGAUUAACAUCUCCUCCAGCCACACUUGUACACCUCAUCAUUGCCUACUAACAUAAGCUAAAUUAUAUACCAGCUUGUUCUGAAUGUUAGAUUGAGUGUCUAAAAAAAGAACUAAAUGUUAAAUUGGGAAUAUAGUGAAUUUAAUGGAGGCAAUUGAUCAUUAAACACAGUGAAGUAACACCAUAAAAUAACUAAUAAAGGCAGAGCACUACUGUUGAAGUCAAACAGGCCUUUUUCACUGCAGACAUGAAUCGCCAUCAUCUGUUAUUUCACAUAUUAACUUGACUAAUUGCAUCUGUUUGAAAUUUCCAAUGUGCAACAAUGGUUGGUAUCAUCUGUUAUGACGCCCUGGACUCGUUUCACGUGACUCUCUUUGUUACGGACUCCGCCUCUCCCCCGUGAACGCGCCUUAAGCCGAAUUAGAAAAUCCAGGGUUAACAAAGCUCGCUGAUAUCCAGCUUCAUAACACCGUCAUCUUUCCCCCGUUUUCGUCGCUUAGACAGUUAUUUAUUAACGUGAAGCGUGCCGUGACCAACUGUCGUGUCCGUUAAGCUCGGGUUUAUUCCGCUUGACGACGGAUUUGUGUUACGAUUUGAUUAUUAAAUCUAGCAUUGAAACAUCUCGGAUAACUGCGCGCACCCGCUCCGCCACAAAGGGGAGAGCAAUCGCACGCUGAAACCCGGAUCACAACUCAUGAACGCAGACGGAGAUUUUCAGAUGAUGAAAAAAAACGAGAGGGCACAUUUUUUCAGCUCUAAAGAGCAGGAACUUAUCUUAAAGUUGUAUGAGGAAGAAAGAGAAAUACUGACAGCCAAAUCCAACACCACAAGCGCCUCUAAACUCAGAGAGGAAGCCUGGCAGAGAAUUGCUGAUAAAAUAAACGCGGUAUCGGACAGCGGCUACAAAAGAACAUGGCAGCAAGUGAAAGUCAAACAUAAAAACAUAGUGCAAACAGCAAAAAGAAGACGGGCAGAGGUGAUGAGGAAUGAGGGGGGCUCAGCGACCCCAUCUCUGACCUCUGCAGAGGAGGACGUGCUGCAGCACAAAGACAACAGGCUGCGAGUGGAGGUCCUCCCUAGUGGUGCUUGUAUUGAGCCACUGACUGGAUCUGACAGCUCUUUUAUUAGUGUCUCGGGCCAUCCUGUCCUCCUCCUGCCUGUAACAAAGACUGAGCCAGAGAGUUUGAGCGGUGAUGAGACAGACAUCAGUGACACUAACUUUGAAGGGGAUAUACACAACAGCAGCUUCCAGGAGACGGCCAACUCAACAUGUGCUACACCUGGAGGCAGAAGUGCAGAGAAGCAGACAGACGACAUAAGAGCCCUUUACUGCUCCUACCUCAAGAAGGAAAUAGAGAACCGCGACCAACUGAUGGCAUACAGAGCACUUAAAAUGAGGAAGAUGGAGAAAGAAAUUUUAUUACUUGAUAAGCAGCUGAUGUGAACGUGUAAAUAAAUUCUACAUAUGUUAAAGCAUUAUUUGAUUCAUUUAAGGUCAGACAAUUGUAAUAAAUGGCUUCAGUCACGUAAUUAGCCUUAUAAAAACAUGUAUUAAUCAAGGAGUAAACUGCAAUAGUGGGCAACAAGGUCCCCUGCAAUUCUGCCAUCAACACAUAUCUGACUUUUUUAUUGUUGCAGCAACUCCACACAUACAACAGAACAUACAGAAAUGCAGAUCUCAGACUUUUUAGUCACCUAAAGGUCAUUUCAGUCCCUUCAUUGUCUUGGCAGGAGUUGCUCAGGCCAAGUGUGACUUCAGGGAGGAGCAUGUACAUUAAGUGGAGCUGCUGUGCCCCAGGAGAAUUCCACUGUCACAUGAGUUACACUUCAUUCAUUGACAAACUGUACUCCAGCAACGGGAUUUGAAAUGACUGAAUGAAACCGUGAAUGACUUUAACUUGAGGGCACUUACAUCCACAUCAGAUGAGUAGUAUAGGGACUGUCAACAUGAAGAAUGUCUUUAUAUUUAAUAUUUGGUGUCGAAUGCUUUGCUGUGGUUGUAUUGAGAUCAGGUAUCUUGGCCAGUCAAGAUUGCUUUAUGUUUGUCUUGUGUGAAUGAUUUGGAUACAUUGUCAACCCCACAUCACUUCACUGAAACAUUUGUGAUGAGAUGUAGAAUUACACACAAUGUGAAGGAAAAGCUUGAAACUGAUUUCUCCCAUCACCAGCAGAGGUUAUUUUAUUCUCCAAGCGUUUGCCUUUCAGUUCCAUAUGCAUAUAAGGAGAGAGGUAAAAAGCAUUCUAUUUUAAAGCUUUCAAUUAACCACCACAUCUAAAAGGACAGUUUGGACAGUUUGAAAUUUGGAUGAUUCAAAACAGCCUUUUCUCAUGUUACAAAUAAAAUAGCC